UCUGAGGAGAGCAAGGGGACAUGGAGCCCUAAAAUACAGGGCCUGGGGAUAUUGGAUGUCAUUCUCUUCCUCCCUGCAAAGGUGGACCACAGGAAGCGAGCCAGGAAGUAGAGUCAGCUUCAGCUCCCCAGAAAAGUUUUGUCUUAUAGGUUUGGCCCACCAUUCCCACCCAGUCUGGGCUCCCUGAUCCUGACACCCAGUGUGUUAGCUUCCCCUGCUAUCCUCAAGUCAUCUGAGUCAUUGCCCAGAAUGGAGGCUGUUGCCAAGUUUGACUUCAAUGCCUCAGGAGAAGACGAGCUAAGUUUUCACACGGGAGAUGUCCUGAAGAUUCUCAGCAGCCAAGAUGAAUGGUUCAAGGCUGAGCUGAGAAGCCAAGAGGGCUACGUGCCCAAGAAUUUCAUAGACAUUCACUUCCCUAGCUGGUUUCAUGAGGACAUCUCCCGGCACGAAGCGGAGAGCUUGCUCAUGAGUAAGGACGUGGGCUUCUUCAUCAUCCGAGCCAGCCAGAGCUCCCCUGGGGAUUUCUCCAUUUCUGUCAGGCACGAAGAGGAUGUCCAGCACUUCAAGGUCAUGAGAGAUGCCAAGGGCCAUUACUUCCUGUGGACAGAGAAGUUUCAGUCUCUGAACCAGCUGGUGAAUUUCUACCGGACCUCCUCCAUUUCGAAGCAGAAGCAAAUCUACCUGAGGGAUGGGAGUCGAGAAGACCAGGACCGGUGGGGCGGGAGCCUGGAUCGGCGGCUGCAGGAAGGGCUUCACAUCAGUGGAAGUGUCACAGAGGAAUCUCGGCCCUCCCCAAACAGGAAGCUCUCUGAUCAGCCUCCUGUCCUACAAUCACAUUAUCAGGUGCAGCCACCACCACCGCCACUGCACCAGCACCAGCAGCAGCAGCAGCGAUACCAGUCACAUCAUCAUCUUCAGCCGGACCGGCGGGGCGGCAGCUUUGACAUCAGCGAGGGGCGCCGGGUGAGCCCUGAGAUGAACCCUGCCCUCAUGCAUCGGAGGCACACAGACCCCGAGCAGCUGCAGAUGGUGGGGAGAGUGCGCUGGGCCCGAGCCCUCUAUGACUUCGAGGCGGAAGAAGAGGAUGAGCUGGGCUUCUGCACUGGGGAGGUGGUGGAGGUCCUAGACAGUUCCAACCCCUCCUGGUGGACCGGCAGACUGCACAGCAGACUGGGCCUUUUCCCAGCCAACUAUGUGACACCCCUCCUCCGCUGAAGCCUCGGACCCCAGCCUCCAGGCCAGGGCCUGCCCAGGGGAUUCUCUUGCAAAGGCACAAGAUGCCCCUUUGCAAGCACACACUGUUUUAGUACUGUAAUUUAUUGCUGAGGUGGCUGGGAAAUUAGUCAACAUAAGAGGCACCCGGGGGGGGGGGGGGAGGUAUUUUCAUCCCAUUUCCCCUCUCCUUCAGGAAGAGAGCAGAGGGUAGGGGGCAAUUGUCCUCCUUAAAGCAUCUCUGCUUCCUUUUCCUGCUGCCCCACCCCCACCCCUGCUUUCCCUAAGCACAGGGAGGCAGAGAUCUCCCCAAAGCAGGGGUGGAGAAUAACAGGGGUGCCAUGGUGUUUGCUCAGGGCAGGUUUCAGCCCGUCACCCACUCUCCACCUGCCCCAGCUCUACCCCCCUGCAAAGGUCAUAGCAGGUGCUGGCUCUCUCCUCAGGAGGGAGAUAGGCUCUGGGUCAUGGCCAUGUGGGACUAAGCAGGGUUGUAGGCCUGGGAGUCAGGAUUAGCCCUUGGACAGACUGUCUGGGGAAGCUUCUUUUUAAAUGCAUACAAUAAAGAGCAGAGGAUUACAAA